GUGGGCGGCGUGGCGCUGCUAGCAGGGCACAGGGCCGGAGGUGCGGGGCUUCACCGCGGCUUAGCCCACGGAGCUGCGGUGUGUCGCUCGCGGAAGCUCAGCCUCACGGACAGGAGAAGCAGCGGGCAGAGGCGGCCCUCACCGGCUAGUGCAGGGCCUCGGGCCGAGUGGGGCCGAGAGCUGCGGGAGUAAGCGGCGGCGGCGGCGGGUCCUGAGCGCUGCGCGCCAUGGCGGGCGGGCCCCCCAAGGCCCUGCCAUCCACGGGGCCCCAGUCCUUACGAGACAUGCCGCACCCGCUAGCCGGCUCCAGCAGCGAGGAGGCCGUGGGAGGCGACAGCACGCCCAGCCCGGACCUACUGAUGGCCCGCAGCUUCGGUGACAAGGAUCUCAUCUUGCCCAAUGGUGGGACUCCAGCAGGCACUUCAAGUCCAGCUUCCUCAUCUUCCCUUCUGAACAGACUUCAGCUUGAUGAUGACAUUGACGGCGAAACCAGAGAUCUCUUUGUCACAGUUGAUGACCCCAAGAAGCACGUCUGCACAAUGGAGACCUACAUCACGUACAGGGUCACCACCAAAAGUACACGGGUGGAGUUUGACUUGCCAGAAUAUUCUGUUCGUCGACGAUACCAGGAUUUCGACUGGCUAAGGAACAAACUGGAAGAGUCGCAGCCCACUCAUCUCAUUCCCCCACUUCCUGAGAAGUUUGUGGUGAAGGGUGUCGUGGAUCGCUUUUCAGAAGAGUUUGUGGAGACCAGAAGAAAAGCGCUGGACAAAUUCCUAAAACGGAUUACAGAUCAUCCUGUGCUCUCUUUCAAUGAACACUUCAGUGUGUUCCUCACUGCUAAGGACCUGAAUGCCUACAAGAAGCAGGGGAUAGCAUUACUGACCAGAGUUGGUGAGUCAGUCAAGCAUGUCACUGGAGGCUAUAAGCUGAGGAGUCGGCCUCUGGAGUUUGCAGCCAUCGGUGACUACUUAGACACUUUUGCACUCAAACUGGGAACCAUCGAUCGGAUAGCCCAGCGGAUCAUCAAAGAAGAAAUAGAGUACCUCGUAGAGCUGAGGGAAUAUGGGCCUGUGUAUUCCACAUGGAGUGCCCUGGAAGGGGAGCUGGCGGAGCCGCUGGAGGGCGUGUCAGCCUGCAUUGGGAACUGCUCCACAGCCUUGGAAGAGCUGACAGAUGACAUAACAGAAGAGUUUCUGCCUGUGCUCAGGGAAUACAGUCUGUACUCUGACUCCAUGAAGGGUGUAUUGAAGAGGAGGGACCAAGUGCAAGCCGAGUACGAAGCCAAACUGGAAGCUGUGGCUCUGAGGAAGGAAGAACGGCCCAAGGUGCCAGCAGAUGUGGAGAAGUGCCAGGAUCGGAUGGAGUGCUUCAACGCAGACCUGAAGGCUGAUAUGGAGAGGUGGCAGAGCAACAAGCGACACGACUUCCGGCAGCUGCUCGUGGGCUUGGCUGACAAGAAUAUCCAGUAUUAUGAGAAGUGCCUCAUGGCGUGGGAGUCGAUUAUUCCACUACUGCAAGAGAAACAAGAGGCCAAGUAGCUUUGGUUUUGGAAGAGACUCUUCUGCCUCCACAGGGCAUGGUACCCUGAACCAGAAUGUCCCUGCAGUACCGGAGAGGUCGCCGUGGGAAAACAGCACAACAGCACCUCUUGUGUGUGUACUUUCUCCUCGCCCCCACAGUUGUUUUCAGUUAGUAUUUAUUCCUUGGAGUCUGAGGGUGUAAUCAUCUCUCAGCAGAAGCAUACCUCCGUAUUGUGAAGGAGCCUCUUAAAUGGAACACUACGAAGACUUGAACCUAAGGGGCAGGGUAACCCCCACAUGACAUAUGACAUCACUCUGGGGACAGUCCAGUUGCCAUUGUAGGACAGAAUCCCAGUCCUGCGUCUCAGGGACCUGGGGAGAUAUGAAGAAAGCAGCUGCGGCUUGCUGCAGAGACCCUGUGGCUCUGCAUUUCACCUGUGAGGGCAUUGAGCUGACCAGCAUGGAAGGAGAUGUGGGUACCUUCUCAGAAUGUCCUUAAUUUAUAGUAGCUGUGGCCGUGGCCGUGGCCUGCUGCCUGCUCAUGAUGAAUGGCAUCUAUUUACUUGUUUCUGGUUCACAUGGGGCCACUUAAAUCUGUGUCUGUGAACAUCGAUGCUUGAGUGAGCAAGCCCGCGUCCUUGUCCUUACGGGAUGCCUCAGGAUCUUGUUUCUGACACCAGAGUGCAACAGAUGAGAAGCUUUUUGGUGUGAACUGGAAAAAAGGUGCAUUUUUCUCCAUGGAGGUCUUUGUGUGUUUUGCUUGUUAACUGUCAUCGUUUUUGGGAUUAGACCUGUUUGGAAACAGCUGCUGUCAGUGUCGCUCCUGUGUGCCAAGCCCCAGUGUCUGCUUUGUGCAAUUUGCCUUUACCUCACCAAAAUGUCUAGUUUAAUCUUCCUGCCGUGCUCACUGACUUUCUGGGCAGCCUUGCAGUGAGGGCUUGUGGGCUGUAUUGUUUUUGCCGUCACAAUUUGUAAACUCAAUGUGACUUCUACAUGAGUGUUUUAACCCUCAAAAUUCUGUGGUCAGGAAGAAAAGCAUCUGCUGGUCCCUCACAGACGAGAAGAGCAACAUCAUGUUCUUCGUUUCGGGCUAUCUGGAAAUCUCCAUUCGCAGCCAAAAUCUGGGGGCUGCCACUGUGUUUAACAUCUUCAUUUGAAGCUUUUCAAAUUGCCAUAAAGCUAACAACCAGAUCGGACCUCUCUUCUAUACCAUUGUUCUUGCUAAAAAGAAGCUGCAUAUUUGUGUUCUUUCAUCUGUGACUCUUUGCUAAAAAUCUGUAGAUCUGAGCCACAGGUCAAUGGAAGGGGCUUUGUUUUUAAGGUGAAGCAGUCAAGCAUUGCUUCAUUUACAAGUUAAUUUGCAAAUCUGAUCAUCAGACAGCAUGCUAAGUCCUGUAGUUCCCUCUAACGUGGAGUCAGCUGCAUCUGGGACAUCAUGGGACAGCAGCUAGAUAGCAUGAAACAAUUUGUCUUCUCACAUUUGACAGAUUUGUGAUAGAAAUAAUAAUUCCUGCAUCUAUUGGUACUUGCCUAAACCCUAUCUGUGCCAUCCCAGAGUCCUUGAUGUGAAUUUUCUUUGGUACAAAUAGAAAUGGCCCAGUGAGGCAGAAGAGUAAGAACAGCCCAUACACCCCAGCUCCAGCGAGUUGGCAUCUCAUUCUACCUCUCAACCACCAGGUUGGUGUGGGUAUGGAUGCUCAGAGCCAACCCAAGCUUGCUGGUAGAGUCAGGGUGUAUAUUUAGUCACCAACUGGCCUCCAUUGUGUAUAUCAGCAGACACCAGACUAGUCCAUCUUUGAGAAACAUGAAGCUUUGCUUUGUGGACUGUAUGCUUUGUGGACCAUACAGUAACGUAAUGAUGCAUACAAUAAUGUAAAAACUCAUGGGAAGAACAUAGAAAAAAUUAUGAAGAUGCUAAAAUUUGAUGACCAGCUAGUUGCCAAAACCCCAGGUCAAUCCUGUGUGCUGGUUAGUUACGCAAGAAGAAAACUCCAUAGAAACAGCCUCCGGCUUCAUUGAGAAAUGUAGGGAGGGAAGCGGGGUCCAUAGCCAUCCCCUCAUGAGAGGUGACUCUCACAGCAUCUUGAGAUGUUUGUCUUGUUGUGUUUAUUUGACCAGUUAGCAAUGUCUCUGGGCUUUGAGCUUCCAGAAAGAGCUGGAAUAAUGGAGAUUUUCUGUCCCCUUAGAACAAUGUCAGUGGCAGAGCCAGGGACACCCAUGCACAAGGAAGCACUCUUGUCCUCCUCAGGAUGGCAGCUGGUGAGCUGAGGAGGCUGGCCUAGAAGAAAGGAACAGUAGACAGUAAAGGAGGCCUUCCACCCUCCCUGCUCCAGAGGUCCCUCAGUCCCUGGAUGGUCACCAGUUGCAAGCAUACACAAAAGAGAUUCCCUACAUGAAGCAUAGCUCAGAGACUACAGUGCCAAAAUGCCCCAGAGAGGCUCCAUUACUUACUUCUGGAGCCAACAAAGCCUUUCCCUGAAGUCACAGGUCCCUCUGACUUAUUUUCCAUGAGACUUUGCCUUAAGGGUACCAUAGACAGAGGGAUAUAGAUAACUUUUGAGGCUCGAGCACAUGCUGGUGAAAUGAAAGUUGGCUGUAGGCAACUGCCCAGGUCCUGAGAAAUGGGGCCUUGUUCACCGGGUUAGAAACCUGCAAAGGCAUAAGAGGGAAUUCUUCAAGCGUAGGAGACUUGAGAGCUGUGAUUGUUUAGGGCAGUUGUGGUUUGUAGCAGGAAGGGAUACUACUGAUGUUGGGAUUUGCAAGAAGAAUCUGGGCUGUGCUACUCAAAACAAGGAGGCCUUGCUCUGGAGUGAGGAGGGAAUGACCCCUCAGCCUAUGUGGGGUUGGGUUUCUUCCUCUCCUAAGGCUCAGCAGUAUUGCUGCUAAGCGGGAAGUAGGGUUAGGAUGGGCUUGUGCCACUCCAAGCUGCUCCUCACCACACCAGGUAUUCACCCUUAGCUGAAAGAAGAAAACCUAGCAUGCCUGGAGAGAGAGGUGAAAUGUAAGACACGGCUCUCUAUGCCAAAUGGAGUGCGUAGAAUGUAAACAGGAGGAAACCAUAUGUGAACACUACAGCAUCUGGUGAGGGGAACUUUAAUUUUAGAAGUGGGCAUGAUGGCAGUGUUUCUCUUUUAGAACAACACCCAUGGAACACUCAAAAGCUUGUGUGACUUGUCCUGUCCAGUGGCACAGAAGCCGGAGGUAGCUGGCUGUUUCGAUGAGGUCAUUUGAAUCAUGGGAGCGUUCCUACACUACACUAUCCUGAGCUGGUUGGGGUGGGUAGAGGAAGGCAAGGACUGCCUGCGAGGCUGUGUUGCCCUAAUGAUUUGGGUCUUGGGAUGGGCUGGAACAGGGUUCCUGUCUGACUUGGUGGAACUGGCAACCUUGAAGGGUGAUUUUUACCCUCAGAGGAUCAGCUGCCUGUGGCUGGGGCAGGGCACACCCUUCUUGGUCCCAUUCCCUUAGGGAGUCUUGCUAAGUAUAUGACCAGGAGAGUUUGGUCAUCUUCAUGUGCAAGACUAUGGUGGGAAUUUGGGGUUGCCUCCUGCCUUUCAUAAGCCUUCAGGAUGGCAACAGAUUGGUUGUGCCUUCUCAGUACCUGUGGUUUUCUCUGCUCAAGGCAGCAGGGGCACUUUGAAGUAUAGUUGAGGAAAAUGGCUGCUCCUUGACCAGACUGAGAUGCAGUCAGUGUGCCGAGCUGCUGGCUUCCUCCUCCCUGUUUAUAAUUUAGUGAGUGAUCAGGAAUCCAAUAUUUUACUAACCCACUCUGUAGGUUGUCGAUGUUCCAUUUCGAAAGUGUCCCCAUGGUUGCACACAUCAGAAGACAGGGACUCUGUGUCUGAGAAGGCUGAGGCGAGGCUCUGUUAUGGGGCGGACUGUUCUUAGUCUUAUCUGUUUGAACAUUCCUGGGUAUGACUUUAUGUAUGGCAAAAACCCAUGUUACCAAAGUAGUUUUUAACUACUGUAAUUUGUAAAUAAGUGUUGUGGGGAGAAAAAAAAACUUUAAAAGAUCAGUAAGAUGUGUCUCAUAUAUAUGUACUUAGCACUUGAAAACCCUACACACCCAGAAAAAGCCACAGAUUGUUAAAAGCCUAAUUGUAGUUCGUAACAAUUUGUCAGUACCUACUAAUUGCCUUACUCUUCAGCUAGUGGUUUAAAGAGUCUGCACAGAAAGUCUUACACAUGGAAGCAGUUGGUAUAGAAACUUAAUAUAGGAGCUGCAGUCCUCUAAAAGUCUCAAGCCGGAAGGUGAGGGCCACAGAAGGAAGGUGGCCUUUCAGGUAGCAAGAUUAAAUAUUGCUGUUGCCAAAUAGUAUUUGAAAUAAUACCAGGAAACAGGGACCACAGUACUGUUUGAUGCUUUCUAAUGAGAAAGAGGAAUGUGAAAUGCGUUGGCAUAGUUUGGGCAUGAAGGAUACAGGCAGUAUCAGCAGUGACAAAUCACACAGCUUCAAAAAAUCCUCUAGUUUAUGACAGCAUGACAGAUUUACUCUGCUUCUGCAGAACGGACCCCAGAGCUUGUUUGAGAUGGAGAUUCUCCAAAGGUUGAAAUGCCAAAUAACAUAAAACAUGUUCCGUCGACUCAAUAUUAAAGCCAGGGUGAAGAGUUGCAUAUACCUUUCUCCCCGAAGUACUGCCCAAGUAUGUGGUGAUUCUAGGCUCUCCACAGUCCAGCUCAGAGCAGCUAACACCUGUGCACGCUGUUGUGGGACAGGCUAGUCCACAACCUUAGACCUAUGCUCUGCCAAGAUGCUGGAGGAAACGAGGGUUUUUUUCCUAGACUGUGGAUUGGUGUAACAACGCAAUGGCUGUGUCAGCUGGGCCUUCAUCCAAGAACAAACCGGCACAAACCAGCAUCUUCUACCAGUUAGCAUUGUCCUCCUGGACCAUGCCGAGGGUUAGGGCUCCCUCUCAGAGUCCCUCCUCACUGUAUUUCUGUGUGCCUGUUCCCUUCAUGCCUGAGUCGGGACUACAUGGAGAGACAGCCUACAUCUGACAGACUCCCACAAAACAAACUGCCAGCAAACUUUCUAACUCAUAUUUUAACUGUUCAAGGGGGGAAUUAAAACAAAUUUUUGGACUAUGUUUUUUAUUUUUAAAAAUUGUUCUUUAUGUUUAAAACUUCCAGAGAUAGAAGCAGGCUUCUGAGGUAUGGGGUCUCGCUGUGUGCUCUCUCUCUGUGCUGCCAUUAAGCCAAAACAGAAGCUGUGAACAUAAGUGCUUGAGAGAAUGUGUGUUGAUAAGAAAGUGAUUUAUUUACAGAUCCAAGUCUUUGUCUCAUGAAACUACCAAAAAAGAAUGUCACCUUUUUUCUUUGUUGUGGAACCAGGGGUUAUAAAAAGGAAAAAAAAAAAGUUGUUUUGUUGUAUUUUUGAUGCUGGCACAAGGUUCUUGUCCACUUUGGUUUUUCGUAUCUCUGUAUGUAAGAAAUUCUGUCUGUUGUUUACUAUGGAAUUAGUAUUACAUUUUGAGGUAAACAAAGAAUUUGUAUUGCUUGAUAAACUAUUAGCUUGUAAAUUAAAAUUUUUUUCUUUACCUCAGUUAACUUAAGUAAUGGACCAAUAAACCUAUAAAAGAUGCUUUAUUUA